UGUAGCUCAGCAAGAAAACUGAUGGAGUCCGCCAGGGCCCAUCAAAUACUGAACUGGCCGAUCCCAUAGGGUUAGGGGUAGCCCUUACCCCUCAGUAUGGCCAACACCGCCGGAGAGCCCGAAGAGGUGAGCGGCGCACUGUCCCUGCCAUCAGCAUCGGCUUAUGUGAAGCUGGUGCUGCUGGGACUGAUCAUGUGUGUAAGCCUGGCAGGCAAUGCCAUCUUGUCCCUGCUGGUGCUCAAGGAGCGUGCCCUGCACAAGGCUCCUUACUACUUUCUGCUGGACCUGUGCCUAGCCGAUGGCAUACGCUCUGCCAUCUGCUUCCCCUUUGUACUGGCUUCUGUGCGCCAUGGCUCCUCAUGGACCUUCAGUGCACUCAGCUGUAAGAUUGUGGCCUUUAUGGCUGUGCUCUUUUGCUUCCAUGCGGCCUUCAUGCUGUUCUGCAUCAGCGUCACCCGCUACAUGGCCAUCGCCCACCACCGCUUCUAUGCCAAGCGCAUGACACUCUGGACAUGCGCAGCUGUCAUCUGCAUGGCCUGGACCUUGUCUGUGGCCAUGGCUUUCCCACCUGUCUUUGAUGUGGGCACCUACAAGUUUAUCCGAGAGGAGGACCAGUGCAUCUUUGAGCAUCGCUACUUCAAAGCAAAUGACACUCUGGGCUUUAUGCUUAUGUUGGCUGUGCUCAUGGCAGCCACACAUGCUGUCUAUGGCAAGCUGCUACUCUUCGAGUAUCGUCACCGCAAGAUGAAGCCAGUGCAGAUGGUGCCCGCCAUCAGCCAAAACUGGACAUUCCAUGGCCCUGGGGCUACCGGCCAGGCUGCUGCCAACUGGAUCGCUGGCUUUGGCCGUGGGCCCAUGCCACCAACUCUGCUGGGUAUCCGGCAGAAUGGGCAUGCAGCUAGCCGGCGGCUACUGGGCAUGGACGAGGUCAAGGGUGAAAAGCAGCUGGGCCGAAUGUUCUACGCGAUUACACUGCUCUUCCUGCUCCUCUGGUCACCAUACAUUGUGGCCUGCUACUGGCGAGUGUUUGUGAAAGCCUGCGCUGUGCCCCACCGCUACCUGGCCACUGCUGUUUGGAUGAGCUUCGCCCAGGCUGCUGUCAACCCAAUCGUCUGCUUCCUGCUUAACAAGGACCUCAAGAAGUGCCUGAGGACUCAUGCCCCUUGCUGGGGCACAGGAGGUGCCCCAGCUCCCAGAGAACCCUACUGUGUCAUGUGAAGCAAGCCAGUAUGAUUGAAUGAGAUAGUGUGUGUCUGUGUGACUUUGUGUGGGUAAGAACCCUGAGGAAAACUUGCCUAGUGCACAGAUGUGAGCAAAUACAUAUAUGUGAAGAAAUAAAGUACACAACACACACACACACACACACACACACACACACACACACACACACACACACACACUGGAGAGGAGACAAAACUUAGUAUGUGCCUGCAGCAGGAAAUAGAGUGCUUAGGAGAUGGAACCUGAAAUUUUUUAUGUAUGUAUGUGUCAAGAGAGUCAACUCCCAUCUCAUAAGGUUGUCUUCCCUUGGCCCAGCUUCUGAGCACCAGGUAAGGAGAGAAUACUUUAGAACCCCAUCUCUUCCCAGUGUCUGGAGAUUCAGUCCUCACCCAAAAUUCAAACAAGGUAUUUCUUAAAUUGGACCAUCAUGGAAAUAGGAACUGGGAAUGGAGGAGGGGUCAAUCAUGAAGGUAAUAGGGUUAAGAAAUGGCCCCCUGCAAUGUAAAGGCUUUUAGAGGAACUGCUCAGCCUAAACUGGAAGUUCUUCUUAAGGUUCCACUGUAUACAGCUGGGACUUUGUUCAGCUUUGACUAAAUUCAGAAGGAAAGAUGGCAUGAAAAAAAAAAAAAAAAAGCCCGAGUCUAGGGGUCUACCCAACUGGCCUAUUCCCUAGGCCCUCAAUUAAUUUACUAUUUAUUUAUUUAUUCCUUCAGGUGCACAGAAUUGAGCUGACCCUAUUCCUCAGUUCUUAGCAUACUAUAUCAUCAUUGGUCCAUGCAAGGUCCUGUUAUUAUUUUGCUUUGUCCCCUUCAUCACCCAUCCCUGAUCCCAUCCUUCCCAAUCCCACAUAGGCACCACUCUUAUGUACUUAAUGUGUGUCCUUCCAAACCACCGUUCAUGUGUUUAUUUACUUAUGUGUAUCUGUGGAAAAUAUAUGAUAUUGAUGUGUUUUAAUUUACAUAAACAGUAUUGUACU